CUUUCAUCCUUGUGGGCAGGACCGGGUGAGAGUUGUCAAUUUCAGCAGAGAUAGUCAAAUGAAUGAGAUCGGACGCGCGAUGAAUCGUAAAGUCCGUGCAGGUCAGUGCAUUUGCAUACAUUUGUGUCUAUUGCUACUAGCUAAUGCUAGACAGUACGUCGGCGUGAUGAGGGGACUUGUCGAGAUAGCAAGUUCCGACAUGCAAGUAUGCCCGAGUUGUACAAUUAACAUAGAGUCCAACGAAGUAUGCUCAAGUUGUCACGGUGUAUUCUUGCAGAGACCCUGCUGUUACUUGAGGGACACCUUGCAUGACAAAUCAGUACAAACACCUUGGAAUCACUACACACCGCAACGAUUACAGUGGUAUCACACUACUUCGUGAUAGUGAUAGUAGAACUUCAUGGGUGCGGCAGUGGUGGUUGUGCACUACCGUUGAUG